CGAGCGCACAACUUACCAGCACAACCAGCCCUAACGAAACCCAACGAGCAAUGCAGUGAACCCCCGGGCGAGCAACGCAAUAAACCCUCACCGUUCUAUCCAAAACACCUUCAAGACCGAUUACCACGCUCUCCGACAUAAUGGCCGAAGACAGCUCCGCAGCAUGGCCGCAGGCAGAUCAGGCUCUCUCGCAAGAGAUCCUCGAUCUCGUGCAACAAGCCACCCACUACAAGCAACUACGCAAGGGGGCCAACGAAGCGACCAAGACGUUGAAUCGCGGUAUCAGUGAGAUCAUUAUCCUUGCGGCCGAUACCAGCCCCCUGGCUAUCUUGCUUCACUUGCCUCUGCUCUGUGAGGACAAAAAUGUCCCGUACGUCUACGUUCCCUCCAAGAUUGCUUUGGGACGCGCCUGUGGAGUUGCACGUAGUGUGAUUGCAGUGAGCAUCACAACCAAUGAAGCUUCAGAUCUCAUGGGCCAGAUCCGCACUCUCAAGGACAAGGUUGAAAGGCUCCAGAUCUAGGCAUCGUAAUAGACAAUCUCACUUUCUGGAUGGAUCGCCAGCUGGGCCUUUGAACAGUUACAAGGUCUACGGAAUGCAAAUGGAACCAGGACUCGGCAUGGAAUACUGUCAAGCAUCUCUGUACGUAGACUGAGAAUGAUAUGCUGAGCACCUGUCGGCAUAGACUCUAUCAAAAUUGAACAUACCCGGUAG